AUGCAUUUCUCUCUGUGGAAGCAAAUUCACCACUGUGCUACUCUCAUCUUAGACAAGAGCAAGAACAGAGGAAACAGAAGAAGGAGAAAAAACAGAGAUGCGUCAGAUUCUUCACUCAACGCUAGAAAAGAAGCUACCUUGCUUCGCAAACUCUACGAAGACAAGCUCAGGGAAGCUCUAGAGGAAGCCUCCGAGAAUGGGUCACUCUUCAAAUCCCAAGUCAUCGACCAAGAGAGCAACAAUCAAGACGAAGCAGCAGUGGUACGCUCCAGAUCCUUAGCUAGACUCCACGCGCAGCGUGACUUCCUACGCGCCACCGCUUUAGCAGCUGAGCAUGUAUUUGAAUCAGAAGACUCCAUCCCUGACCUCGUUGAAGCUCUCACAAAGUUCCUCACCAUGUAUCCAAAGUACCAAGCUUCAGAGAAGAUUGAUAAGUUGAGAUCUGAAGAGUAUAGUCACUUGUUGUCAGGUUCCAAGGUAUGUCUUGAUUACUGUGGGUUUGGUCUGUUUUCGUAUGUUCAGACUCUUCACUAUUGGGAUACUUGUACGUUUAGCCUCUCUGAGAUCACUGCUAAUUUGAGUAACCACGCGCUUUACGGUGGAGCUGAGAGUGGAACUGUGGAACAUGAUAUCAAAACUAGGAUCAUGGACUAUUUGAACAUCCCUGAGAAUGAGUAUGGUCUUGUCUUCACUGUAAGUAGAGGCUCAGCUUUUAAACUCCUAGCUGAGUCUUAUCCUUUUCAGACGAACAAGCGGCUUUUGACAAUGUUUGACCACGAGAGCCAGUCUGUGAACUGGAUGGCGCAGACGGCUAAGGAGAAAGGAGCAAAGGCGUAUAACGCUUGGUUCAAGUGGCCUAGUUUGAAGCUUUGUUCUACUGAUUUGAAGAAGAGGUUGUCUUAUAAGAAGAGGAAGAAGAAAGACUCUGCGGUGGGGCUGUUUGUGUUUCCUGCGCAGUCGAGAGUUACUGGUGCUAAGUAUUCUUACCAGUGGAUGGCUUUAGCUCAGCAGAAUCAUUGGCAUGUGUUGCUUGAUGCUGGCUCUUUAGGUCCUAAAGAUAUGGAUUCACUAGGUUUGUCGUUGUUCCGGCCUGAGUUUAUUAUUACUUCGUUCUACCGUGUGUUUGGACAUGAUCCAACAGGGUUUGGUUGUCUGUUGAUUAAAAAGUCAGUGAUGGGUAGUCUUCAGAGUCAGUCUGGCAAAACAGGUUCAGGAAUAGUGAAAAUCACUCCUCAGUAUCCGUUAUAUUUGAGUGAUUCAGUAGAUGGUCUUGAUGGAUUAGUUGGUUUUGAAGAUGAUGAUAAGACCACCAAAGAAGCUAAUCGCAAAGGAACUCAGAUGCCGGCUUUCUCUGGAGCUUACACUUCAGCACAAGUGAGAGAUGUGUUUGAAACAGAUCUCUUGGAAGAUAACAUCUCUUCUGAUAGAGAUGGAACUAAUAGCACAACGAUUUUCGAAGAGACAGAAAGUGUUUCUGUUGGAGAACUGAUGAAAAGCCCUGUUUAUAGUGAAGAUGAGUCGUCUGAAAACUCGUUUUGGAUUGAUCUUGGUCAAAGCCCUCUUGGUGGUUCUGAUCAGCAGCAGAACAAGAUUGCAUUUCCAUUGCCACCAGUUUGGUUUUCCAAACAGAAACAAAAACGUCACUCGCCUAAACCAGUAGGACCAAAGAGUUACAGUAAUCCAAUAUAUGAUGGUAAAGACGUCCUCUCUUUCGAUGCUGCUGUUAUGUCAGCAGGUACCAGGAGAAGUUCUGGUAAUGAUCUCCAUGUCCAAGAGAUACAGGAAGAAAACUGCAGCCAUAGCUUUGCAAAUGGCUCAUCAGAAAUCAAAGAGAGUGCUAUUAGACGAGAAACAGAAGGAGAGUUCAGGUUACUAGGAGGGAGAGAUGGAGGUAGAAGCAGACUUUUGGGUGUGGAGGAUGAACACACAAGCAAAGGAAGACGGGUUUCGUUCAACGUGGACCGUAUUAGUCAUAGUAUAGUAGAACAUGGUGAAGCUUCUCUAGCUAGUGUGUACGAUGAAGAGUACAAUUACACGAGUGAUGUUGACAAUGGAGAUGAUGAUGAAGGUGGUGCAGAUGAUGAAUGGGAUAGGAGAGAAAACGAAACAGAGAUUGUUUGCAGACAUAUUGACCAUGUGAAUAUGUUAGGUCUUAAUAAAACCACGACAAGACUCAGGUUUCUGAUAAACUGGCUUGUGGUAUCGUUUCUGCAGCUACAAGUGGCUGAGUCAGGAGGAGGAGGAAGGAACAUGAAUCUUGUGCAGAUAUAUGGACCAAAGAUCAAAUAUGAAAGAGGAGCAGCGGUUGCAUUUAAUGUUAGAGAUAGAAGCAAAGGUUCUUUUGUUAGUCCAGAGAUUGUUCAGAGACUGGGUGAAAGAGAAGGUAUAUCUCUAGGGAUUGGUAUAUUGAGUCACAUACGUAUAGUGGAGGAUAAUAAACCAAGAAACCAUAGAGCUCGGAGUAAAGAAGAUAGUUCUUUGCACUUGCCUAAUGAAGUUGGGAGAAACGGGUUUAUAAGAUUUGAGGUUGUUACAGCUUCUCUUAGCUUCUUGACAAACUUUGAAGAUGUUUACAAGCUUUGGGGUUUUGUAGCCAAGUUCCUAAACCCUGGUUUCAGCAGAGAAGGUUCGCUUCCUACUGUAGAAGAAGAAGAAGGAGAGGACUCAGAGACGUGAGUUUGUAGUAGAGAUGCACAGAGCCAUAAAUUUUAGAAGGUGACUCAGAGAGGCUGACAUAACCGAUGAAUUGUAAUAGAGAAUUACACGCCUGAGCCAUUAUACAGUCUCUUCCCUGGAGAUGGAAAGAAGGUAAAGAACUAUGAAUGGAGAUAUUUGGUAUGGCUUGUAAUCUGAAAGCAGAACUUGGUGAUCUAAAGAAUUUGCUUUUGUUGUUGUGUGUGUUUUUGGGUGAGAAACUUGUAGCACUUCUUAAGUUCUACAAAACUGAUUCAGAUUAA